AUGUCUCGAGGUCACAGUCUGCUUGAUAACCUCCGUGUAACUGCUGCACGACCCGGAACUGUCAACUUUGAGCUUGAUAUCCAGAAAGAGCACACGAAUAGACUCAGCAUCCUUCAUGGAGGGACAAUAGCCAGUAUGGUGGACCUUGGCGGCUCCCUAGCUGUGGCUUCUCGAGGCUUGUUCGCGACUGGCGUCUCGACAGAUCUUAAUGUAACAUACCUGAGUUCCGGAGGCAAAGUUGGAGACAAGAUCCAAGCGGAAGUCACUUGCGAUAAGUUCGGGAAAACCCUAGCAUACACAAACAUCAAGUUCAUGAACUCCAAGGGUGAGGUCUUCGCAAGAGGCAGUCAUACAAAGUACAUUGCACUCGGCUGGAAAGACCCCAAAAACAUUGUCGAGGAACUCGAAGGACGCAAGGAAUCGUAG